GCGGCGAUCUGGUGGCGGACUACGGUAGAAGAAGACUCCUAAACUGAGCGGCCACUGGAGAGUGAAGUUUGCUGGAGUGCAUCCGUUUGUGGCUGUGGAAAAUGUAUUGCAAAUAUAAGAGGAGCAAUUGUAGUACCGUGUAAUGAGUUGCUGUUCAACGUGACUUGGAACUAUCAAAGAUAUUAUUAAGAACGUGCUUGAAGCUUGCAACUCACAAAGGAUAUCCGUGAAGGCUUGAUAAAUUCGUGCAACAUGGAACUGUUCUGGAUGCUCGGUGUUAGUGUAGUGUUGGUGUUUCAACUGCCUGCAGGCGUACACUCUGACCAGACCGAUUUCAAUCACAUCAAUUCCGAUGGAUCGUUCGCCUUUGGCUUGAAGAACAGCGACACACCGGGAGCACACUACCAUACGGCCAGUGGUAACCCGAAAACCAUCGUCCGCGGUCGCUACGGAAGCCGCCAGCCGGAUACGGGGCGCGUCGAGGAAACGGUCUAUACCGCCGGUCCACGAGGGUUCCGUGCCCGUGGUCCCAAGAUCCACCGAAAGCAGAGCUUAUCGCAGGUCCCCCGAGGACCCAUCGGUACCCCGGACGAUCCGCAGGCCGAUCCGUACGAUGAUCCGAGCUACGACUUUCAGUUCAAAACGCGCAACUAUCAGCGACGUGAAGGAUCGGAUAGUAAUGGGCGCGUUAACGGGCUGUACAGCUACAUCGAUGACGUCGGUGAGAAGCACUCGGUAAGGUAUUCCGCUGGCAGUGGCACCGGGUACGAGGUAGCGAACCCGGUGCCGGAUGCACCGAACACGAUCGCCUACGAGAGUCCACUGUACAAGACGCACAAGCAGGUGCGCGGUAAGGUGGCGUUCGAGAGUGGCCCCACGGGUUCUGGGCAGUACAAAUUACUCUCCGUUGGGCCAGACCAACGACGAGCGGAAACGACCGGUCCGGAUGGUGUAACGCGCGGUUCCUACUCCUAUCUGGACGAUAAGGGAGUACAGCGAACGGUCCAGUACAUUGCCGGAGCCGGGAUUGGCUACAAGGUGGUACAGAGCACCGUAGGAGCCGGAACGCAUCGACUCCCGCAGCCCAACUUCGGUAUCAGUCACGUGGAGCAGAGCGACAUCGGUGAUAACAACAAUCCGACCUAUCAGACGGCUCCUUCCGGUUCGGCAAGUGAGCGACCACCGUCGGCGGCGAGUGGUAGCUAUGAUCACGUUGCGCGUCCCUCGGCAACUGGAUACGACGGUGGAUCGGGACGACCGACCGCGCCCGGUGGCUAUGAUCCACCAACCGGGCCAUCCGGUUCAGGGUCACCAACGGGAUCGGGUUAUCCGGACAGUGGCCGGCCGACCGGUCAGGGGUACGACGAAGAAAGCUUCGAUGGUAAACGCCCAACAACGCCAUCGAGCGUACGGCCACCGAGCUCGAGCACGGAUCGUUCACCGAUCGGAAUUGGUGGCGAUGAUUCGAGCUCGCGUGAAAAGUAUCCUCCGGGGUUGGCGGAUGAUCCAUCGGAUCACGAGCUCGGUGGGUAUGGCGACGAUACGAUCAUUGGACUGGUGCCACCAAAGUACGACUUUGAGUCGCCCUCGGGACCGGCUGGCUCUCCGACUGACGAUGGCGGUGGUGAUGACGAUCAACCGGGAUCUCCACUGUCCGGUCCAUUCGAUGUGGGCAUCUCGAGUGGUCCGUCCGGACCGGCACCAUAUCCGAGCUUCGGUGAAUCGGCGGCACCGGACACAAACGCGUACAACUCGAACGAUUUCGCCAGCUUCCCCGAGGUGUCGUACGAUCAGAAGAAACUGGAGGAUGACCGGAAGAAGGAUUGGCGGGAUUUUGCCAAGGAUUCGACCAUCAUCAAGAAUGUGGGCGAUUGGUACGUUGGGCUGGCACCGGGUGCAUCCGUCCGUGCGCACAUACAGAACAUCGAUCUGCUGCCGUACGGUGGCAGGGCUCCCUCUCCGGGUGAUGCGCUGCGGCGCGAUACCCAAGCGCAAGCCGGUUCAAGGUCAGAUGGCAACGAUCGAACGAAGCAACAGCAACAGUACGCAGAAAGGCGACAGUACUUAUCGGAAGCACAUUCCAGACGGGGUUAGAAGGUUCUUUUAGUUUUGUAAAUAAAUUAUUGCA